AGACGUUAUAAAAUUAUUUUAUUAAUUUACUAUAAUUUCUAUUUUUAAAAACGCCAGUUAGCUUUAUAUAAAUGUAAGGCUGCCAUGAUUCCAAGGCUUGUUAGAACAAUAUGGGAGGCUGUUUAGGUUUACAAAGAAAUCGCAGAGGAAGGAAUGCGUCCUCAGACAAUGGAUCUCGCCCAAGUUCUGGUACUAAUAGAAAAAAUCACCCAUUGUGCCAUGAAACAAUCCGUUGGAAAUCUGAUGUUCCUUUAACUGAAGGUCAGUUACGAAGUAAACGUGAUGAGUUUUGGGAUACAGCCCCAGCAUUUGAAGGACGUAAAGAAAUAUGGGAUGCAUUAAGAGCAGCUACUGCAGCUGCUGAAUCGACUGAUUUUCAAUUAGCACAAGCUAUACUUGACGGCGCUAACAUUUCAGUUCCUAACGGAUUUCUUACUGAAUGCUAUGAUGAAUUAGGAACUCGAUAUCAAGUUCCUGUGUACUGUCUUUCUUAUCCUAUAAAUAUAGUAAAAGAAGGCAGCGGCAGAGAUUCUCCAGUUGAACAAACCGAAUCCUCAGAUGAAGGUUCAGAAAUAAUGUUAAAACUUCGCUUGUCAUCAAACUGUCAAGAUAUUAAAAUGCCAUUAAUGACAAGAGAUACUAUAGCACAAGCUAAAAAAAAAUUACAAGCUAAACAAGGCAUUGGUCCACAACAUCAGAGAUGGUUUUUUGGUGGUAAGCUAUUGGGUGAUAAAUUACAUAUAGAUGAAGCUAGAAUUCUUCCUAGUUAUGUUAUUCAAGUAAUCAUUAAUCCUGAACCAAUACACGAAAGCUGAAUUCUAUGUGCUGUCAUUUCGUUUUUUGAUACAUGCUUAUCUAUUUAGGAUUAAAUUGAAAUUGAUGUUACAUAAGUACAUUUAAAUUCUAAAUAUUUUAUUUUUUAUUAAAUGCUUAGUUGUAUUUCAGUAAAAUGUCAUAAUUUUUAUAAUUACCUAAUCUAUAGGUCAAAUUUCACUUUAUUUCAUUAAUUAACAUCAUUAUGACAUUUUUAAUGCUUACAGAUUCUUACUUUAGUUUUAUUAUGCAAAAAAAAGAUAAUUUUAAAGUUUGAAACAUGUAAUGCUUAUGAUA